UUUCCAGGUUCCAUCCCCCUUCCUCCACGCAGCUCCCUGGCCCAGGGCUCGCCUUCUCUUCCCUACCUGGGUUACAGCGGGUUGGGCACCUGGGCUCGCCUCGCCUCAGCCUUGCCUCCCUCCACCCCUAUGUCCCGCGGCGAGCGCAGCCUCUCCAGCGCUGGCCUCGGACGGUGAACGUGUGCCUGGAUUUGAGACAGCAAGGACCCCAGAAGCCCAGUGACACCAGAAAAGCAGCUCCAGGGGCGCAAGCACAUCCUGUAAUAUGCUCACGCGUUAUAGGCACAAACCCGAGCUCUAACUUCACUCCCGCUAAUCGCGAAGAAAAUAAAGGGCGCGUCGCAAUGCUCUCUCCUGCCUAGCCGCGUGGUUAAAUUUCCGGCUCUCGGGCCAGCUAAGACGCGGGAUUUGCGCCGCAGCCUCUCAGCUCCCAGAGCCGGAGCCAGGCGCUACUUGCGGCUUCUCCAAUUUCUCCCCUAAGUGCGAAGGAAAUAGCCCCUUUUGCUCUGCGCCUGCGAGGCCGGCGGAUCUGCGAGCCGGGCCCCGCUGGCGAGGACUCGGCGGGCCGGGGGGCUCCCCGGCGGCGCCUGCAGCGGCGGCUUGUCUGCGAGGGUUAACAGCAGUCCCCGAGGCCGGGAGGGUGCUGAGGCUUCCUCUCGCCGGCCCGGGAACGUGGAUACCGCGCCCGCAGGAUGUUCGCCGGCUGGGCCGGGCAGUCAAGAAACAUGAGAAGGCCUUGGUAUUCCUGUUCCCGGGCCGCGCGCGCCCGUCUGGGUAAAUAAAGCCGAGACGACGGCGGUGGCUGCGGUGAGCGCGCUGGAGCCCGCGCUGAGAACAUGCGGCGGGGAUGGGAGUGCGCCUAGCCUCGACGCGGGAGAGCCAGCCGCCCUGCCGCCGGCCGCCGGCCCCACCGCCACAGAACCCGAGCCCUGCGGAGCUCCCGGCGGCCAGGCCUCGAGCUGCGGCCGCCCAGCGAGCCCCAGCCAGCCGGCACCAUGAACACCAUCGUCUUCAACAAGCUCAGCGGCGCCGUGCUUUUUGAGGACCGCGGUGCUCCGGAACGGGAACGGGGCAGCCGACCCUACGGUGGCGUCCUGGACAGCACCCACGCCCGCCCUGAGGUGGGCAUUCCGGACCGCCCGCCCCUCAAGGACAACCUCGGCCUGAGACACCGGAGGACCGGGUACGCUCACCCUCCCGGGACCCCUGCCCGCCUGCACCCCGGUCGGGUGGGAGCGGUGAGCGGCGCGGGAGUGCAAGUGGCAGCCGGGGCGCGUGGGUCACGACAGGGCCUAGCCACGGCCUCGAAGCUCGCUGCGCCACCGCCAAAGUGUUGGCAAGGUCGGCUCUCGGCAGGGCGCCCCGGACGCGCGCGCGGCUCGGCGGGGCCCGCUGCGAGCCCGGACGGGGAGGCCGCGGGCCUGCCGGGCCGGGUUUCGNUCGGCGGGGUCCGCUGCGAGCCCGGACGGGGAGGCCGCGGGCCUGCCGGGCCGGGUUUCGGUUUAGCCGGUACUGAUAUUCUCCAGAUGGGACCAUCCGUGAAGGAGCCGUCUGCCAUCUGGGCCACCUUACAGAACGCUCUGGAAAAUGGAUCCAAUAAGGGCGACAGUGCAGGCAACAGGAAGGGACCAAGCAAGGAUGACACGUACUGGAAGGAGAUUAAUGCAGCUAUGGCCUUAACAAAUCUUGCACAGGGCAAAGACACACUGCAGGGAACUACCAGCUGCAUCAUCCAGAAGUCGUCCCAUAUAGCAGAAGUAAAGACCGUUAAAGUGCCACUGGCCCAGCAGUUUUAAGGGUUUGUCGCUUUUCAGACCAAUGGCUGUUCUUCACGUCAGUGUUUUCCCAUAAAUCCUCCUCCUAAGAGCCGAAGCAGAAGUGAAAAUGACUCCCUUUCAAACCUCUUCUUGUUUUUAAUUAUCCUAAAUAUAUCAUUUAGUUGCUUCUAUAAAAGACAUAUAAAUUAUAAAAACCUCACUUUAAUCAAAAAUAGUAACUUAUUUUAUGUUACUGAAACUAUGCAUCAAGUGUCUGCAUUGCCAUUACAGUAAGUGCCUUGCUUCCCCAAACUCAGCAACAACGUGGGCAUAGUGGAGCUGCUAUGCCUCAAACGACAGCACCACAACGCUUGUUAGUCUGUGUGUGUCACUCCAGAUGGGCCCAUAACCAUUCCAGGACUAAAACCACGAUCGCUGAAAGCCCUCACAAUGUAUUCAGUAAUUCACAUGUUGAAACUUGGAAGUCUAUUCAGCCCAAAUGAAACAUUCCUCUAAAAAAAACUUCUGCAGCCUUUAAAAUUGUUCAGCAUGCUUUUCAGAGUGACAGUGAGAAUUGCAUGCAUGUAUCUUGCCUGCCUAUCUGACACACUACAAAGUUCCAAAAUGAGCGGCGAUCACGUAAUAUGUACACUUAAGAAGAAUCCCAGUGCACACGUGGUGAUCUGAAAAACUUUUUCCAAGCAUUGCUGGAAAAUACCACAAUGCCCUUUUAGAAUUAAUUUGGAUUUUCUUUUUCUUAAGUUUCGCUGAAGUUUUCAAAAAUUUUAUUAUGUAAAUGACUCAAAAUGUUCCCGUGUAGAACUAAACCUAUAGUUUAGUUUUCACACAUAAUCCUGUUUGCAUUAGAGCUCAGUGCUCUUUGUGAUGGAAACUUUUUCAUAUGGAAUGGUUAAAAAACCUUUUAGUUGGUUCAUUUCAAAUUCUAAUUGCUGAUGGACAAUUUGCAUUGCAACGAGAACAAGACAAUGAAAGAAAUGUAUCUCUGUGAAUAUACAUAUACACACAUAAAAUUGGUUUUUAAAUUUAAAACAUAUGGAAAACAAAACAUGGACAGUCUUUGAAUUUUGCCAAGUAGGACAUUUAAAGUAAGAAUUAAGUGAAAUCGUGCAUUAAAAGAAAGAACACUUUGUUUCUGAAUUAGACUAUCAUUGAGUGAGAAUAAUCAAUAUCAAGAAAGAAGAGUAUAGUUUUCAAUCAAACAAUAAUAUUCUAAUCAGCUUGGGGAGACUUGAAACUUGAAUAAACAGUGGAGAUGCCAAAUGUAACAGAGUAUAUGUGCUACAGAGAAGUAAAAAGGAUUUGACUCUCUUAUGGUGGGAUGUUUUUUCUGGGUAUGUAAUCUAUUUUGUAAUUUUUUUUUUUUAAACUGGAAAGCUUUUUUGAGUGUGAAUGAGAGCCAGUAGUGCAGCCAUGUGGUGAUAUUUUUCUUUAUUUUGCAAAACGCUUUUAAAACCAAAGGCUGCUCUAGUUGAUAUACGGACAAUAUCAAUCUUGAUAUGAAUUGUAGGACACUUUUUUCAUGUAACAUAGCAUUUGGGGAUUGGGUUUAUUUAGUGUAAUGAAAAUAAUUUGAUAUAAAAAUAUUUUGUACAUAUAUAUUUUUACUUUGUUUUCUAAAUUGCUGUUUGCAGUAACAGUAAGUGCAAAGCAAGAUAUGUUAAGUUAUGACUGUAUGAUCAGAUGAAGUAUGAGUUCUUUUGGUUUACAUCCUUAAAUAGACACAGAUCCAUUAUAAAAACUUCGGAAUCUUUAUAAAUUAAUUUUGUCAAAGUGUGAUCAUGUCAAAGAAAACUAAGGACAAGUACUUCACUCUUUUUCAUACUAUUAUAAGUUAUUCUGGUAUUAAAUAUUUUAAUAAAAUUGAUUUUGUUUGACGUAUUUCAGUUAGAUGAAUAGACGCUGGUUGUUUUUUAUUUGAGUUAGUCAUAAUUCAUUUUUGCCAUCUUUUUAAAAAUAAUCAGCAAAUUUGUUCUAUGUUAUAAACUAUGGAUGAAAAGCCAAUAUAGCAGAACUUUCACAUGAUUUUUUUUUUAUAUACCAAAGCUUGGAAUCUGGCCUAUAAACACAUCAAGAAGAUUUUAUAAUUAGCACAUCCUUGGCAAUAUCUCCAAUUGCAAUUACUUUUAAUUUAUUUUUUCUUUUGCUGCUUUUACAUUUUCUGGAAAUUAAAGUCCCCCCAAUCCUUUAAAAGAAUCUUGAACAAUGCUGAGCCAGCAGCUAAGAAUCUAACUCAUAAUUUAUGUUGUAGAGAAAUAGAAUUACCUCUAUUCCUUGUUUUGCCAUAUGUAAUCAUUUUAAUAAAAUUAAUAACUGCCAGGAGUUCUUGACAGAUUGAAAAUAAAAGUUA